AUGACUAGUGAGAAACGGAGUUACGUAGCUGACAGUGAUUGCAUGCAAUUCUCCACGCAGGAAACCUCGCCUGACGAGAGUACAUCCGGGGAGAAUUCCAAUGGAAAUACUAUUCCUGCAUUAACGGAUGAAAAUCCUACUGAUAUAUCCUCCUCUAUAUCGUCAUCACUUCCUAGUGUGUUGUAUGACGCGAUUCCUCCACUUCAGGAUCAAAGAUCGAUUGUUGCUAAUAUGUGGGCUCGCUUUAGUAAUGAGAAAAAAGAAGGCGAUGUGGUGUAUAUUAUUCCCGAGAGCUGGUUAUCAUUAUUUCAGGACCCUCUGGUUACAGAUUACAGGGCUGUUCCUCCUCUAAACAUUGCAUCAAUAGUUGUAGAUUAUGAUCAUUUCAUCCUUCAAGACUAUUCCAGACAACCUUAUACAGCUGUGCCUGCAAAGAUAUUCAACCUUCUUCAACAGUGGUAUGGGUUGACACCAGAUUCGAAGCCACUACCAGCAUACAUCGUCAUAGAUAAGAAAAAACAGUUGGUGGUUGAGUAUGAUAGACCAAGGUUUAGGAUUCACCAUUUGACCACAAAUGAAAAUUCCAGUCAAUAUUCAAUUUCAAUGCGGAAUGCUGCUGAGGCAAAGUUAUCAAACAUGUUCACUUUAUCCAGCCUAGCAACAACAAAAGAUGUCGUCCAACGCGCUAUAGAUCUCUUUUUAUCCAAAGAGCCCCAAUUUGAUAAGGAGUCAUAUUAUUUUCGGGUAUGGUAUAUCAAUGAUGAUGGAAAUAACGUCAAGACUAGCAAUAUAUUACAAAACAGUUAUACGAUAUCACCAUCUACAUUCUUGGAGCUUACUUAUAAACAUAAAAUAACGAAGAACAUGUUUACUAGAAGACUGAAAGAUCUCAAUUCUCACGUCAUAAAUUUGGCUAUUGAAGUGAAACGGAAAAGUGGUACUCAACAUUGGCCAUCAAACUUUUUCCAUUAUUUCCCACUCCAAUCUUCUCCUGGAAUAACUGGACUUGCUAAUUUAGGAAAUACCUGCUAUAUGAACUCUGCAUUACAGUGCUUAUUGCAUAUUCAAGAUCUCAAUGAGUAUUUUCUUUACGGUGGUUACGAAGAUGAAAUAAACAACGAUAAUCCACUUGGUUACAAGGGCCACGUAGCCCAUGCCUUUGGUCACCUUGUACAAUCUCUGUUUAGUCCAUCAUAUGGAAUAAACUCAUUCUUUGCUCCAAGAAAUUUUAAGAACACAAUUGGCCAUUACAAUCAAUUAUUUGCUGGUUUUGGUCAACAGGAUUCUCAAGAAUUUUUGGCAUUUAUAUUAGACGGCUUACACGAGGAUCUCAACAGAGUUAUAAAAAAACCAUACUUGGAAAAACCAGAAUUGCCAGAGGGUUCCCCAGUGGAUGAGAACAAAAUAAUCGAACUUGCCAAUGAAACAUGGGACUACGUAAAGAAGAGAAAUGAUUCCGUUAUCAUGGAUCUUUUCGUCGGGUUGUAUAAAUCCACUCUAAUUUGUCCGAACUGUCAACAUGUUUCAGUAACUUUUGAUCCUUACAAUGAUUUAACAUUACCCCUUCCUAUUGAAAAUUACUGGACAUGUAAGGUUCUCAUUUUCCCUCAAAACUCCCCUCCUUGCACGUUAGAGAUAGAGCUUCUGAAAAACUCUACAUAUCAGGAAUUAAAAGAAUACAUCGCAAAACAGGCUAGCAUGAAUGCCGAUGAUUUAAUCGGUUGCGAAAUCUUUAACCACCAAUUUUACAACAACUACGAAUCUAAUAUGGAAGCAGAGUACCUUCCUAUAUCUGAACUAAUAUCAGAAAACGAUACUGUUGUUUUUUACGAACUUAUCAGGAACCCAGAUGACAUUGUAGUACCUAUAUUCAACACUCGCAUUGAAGAUGGCUAUAAAACUCCAAGAUUAUUUGGAUAUCCUUUUUUCAUUGCACUAUCAAAAGACGAACAGUACAGUUAUGGCUCCAUAAGAAAAAAAAUAGAGCGCUGUUACCAAAAUUUUUCUGGCGGCUUUUCUGAGUUUCCUAUUCUCAGUAAAGUAUCUGAAAAUUACGGACUAGAUUCUUUACCACUUUUAAGCAAGAAGUUCCCGAAAGAGGAACUUGAUAUUGUAACCAAGGAAUUGGAGUUUAUAAACCCUGAAAUUUCACCAGAUAAUUUCUUUAAAAUCAUGCUUUUAAAGAAUGAAGCAUUGCAUAACCACACCACUAGGACUCCAAGAUUCAAUAACGCUUCACUUAAAAAUUCAAAUUCGCCAGCAGGUAAGAUAUGGACUCCAACUUCCGUCUCGUCAAUAAACUACAAUAAUAGCGAAGAAAUAACUCAGUUCCUUCCUGAGGUUGUUAAAACAGCAUAUUACUACUCCGAAAUAAAAAAUGACACUGGUAUGGAUGAUUCUGACGAAGUAGUAGAUAACAAUGAUGAAUCCAGCAUAGAUUCAGAGACUAAAUCAACAUCAGAUGAAAGCAUGACAACAAGUACCGAAGUUUUAAAUGGAUUAUCACAUUUGGAAAUGUCAUCAUUGGUGGAAUCCCAUACAGCUUUAAUUUGCGAGUGGAAUACCGGAAAAGAUCAAGAAGUAUUCGAUUUAGAGUAUGGAGUUAAUUGGAACAGUCCUGCUGUUCUUGAUAAUAUAGCUUUGACUAAGGCAAGAGAAGAAAGGUCAGAAAAAGAACAAACACAAAUCACUCUAGACUCAUGUUUAAGACUGUUCUCCCAGCCAGAAGUUUUAAGCUCUGCGGACUCCUGGUACUGUCCAAAAUGUAAAGAGCACACACAGGCUUCAAAACAAAUCGAGCUAUGGAAUACUCCUGACAUAUUACUAAUACAUUUAAAAAGAUUUGAAAACCAACGCUCUUUCAGUGACAAAAUCGAUGCAACAGUUCAUUUCCCAAUAGAAGGUUUAGAUAUGUCCCCUUAUUUGUCGUAUCAAAACGAGAUAAGCAAUGAUAUAUAUGACUUGAUCGCUGUCGAUAAUCAUUAUGGUGGGCUUGGUGGAGGACACUACACAGCUUAUUGCCGAAAUUUUGUCGAUGGUAAAUGGUACUAUUUUGACGAUUCUAGAGUAACUGAAACAUCCCCCGAAAAUAGCGUUGCUGGGUCAGCAUACUUGUUGUUCUACAAACGUCGUUCAUCGACCGUUAAAGUUGAAAAGAAUGAAAAAUUGAGAGACAUCAUAGAAACCUCAAGGAAAAGUUUUGAACAGAAGCAGGCUGAACUGCAUAAAAAGGUCGAUGCGUUGUACGAAAUCGCACAUAGUGAUACUGAAGAUGACACAGAAUCAGCUUUAGAGGAUGAAGCUGUAAUGCAAAAUAAAACCGUCGAGGAAAGAAUUACUAUUGAAAAUGAGGAGUGGGAAGCUGGUAAACGCUCAAACUCCGUAGAAUUGCCAGGAAAUAGACUCAUUGAAAAUGACGCAAAGCUUCAAUCAGACGAAGAUGUUAAUGAAGAGUUUGACGAAACUAUACUGGAAGAAGCAAAUGGGCAGGAACUCAAUGACGAACUAGUAAAUGAGGCUAAAAUAUCGGAACCUGAACUUUCACUGAAAGACAACAAAUUUCAGCUGGAAUAUAAUGUUUCAAGCUUAGAAGUGGGCGAAAACAUAUCAACAUUGGACUCUCAUGACUCCUCUAGAAGAAAACUAAGACUGCUAGAAAAGGUUUAUGUUCCUGAAUCUCCAAACAAGGACUCUAGUAAAGGUUCAUCUCCGGAGGAACAAAAACUGACUUAA